AUGAUUGUCGGUGUCAAUGUUUUGAGCGCGAUAUCGACUUUCAUCGCCCCCGCUUUAACUAUAGCUGUGUACGCCGCUACACAGCUGAACCUUGGGCUAGAGACACCCAGGACCGAUGUUUCUUUCACAGCUUUGUCCUUGAUUUCUCUUUUGACAGAGCCGGUGGUACUGUUAUCUGUCUCGUUGACUAAAUUGGCAUCCGCUAUUGGUUGUUUUGGUCGGAUCCAAGAAUUUCUUCGCAAGAAAAGCCGAGUGGACGAAGAUCCAUCCACUGAUGAACAUUUGGUGCCUGCAAGCGCCUCGGGAAUGGAACUUCAAUUAGUACCAACUCAGUCCGAGGCUCUUGUCUGCAUGACUGAUUGCUGCUUUAGCUUGAGCUUAGAUGCCCCUGUGAUACUCCGUGGACUACCGCUGAAGAUACAGCACGCUUCGUUUUCAGUCAUUACUGGCCCUACUGGUUCUGGCAAGUCGUCCUUACUCAAAGCCAUGCUGGGUGAGAUGCACCGCACAGAAGGAACAUUCUAUCUUGGCUCUGUCAAAAUGGCGUAUUGUCAGCAAUCACCAUGGAUAUUCAAUGGUACACUAAGAACAAACAUCAUCGGCGAAUCGCCCAUUGACCAGCAGUGGCUCAGAGAGGUGAUAUAUGCCUGUGCCCUGGAUGUUGGAAGAAUUGGCCUUCCUCUUGGCCUUGACACAGUAACUGGGAGCUCGGGAGCCCAGCUUAGUGGAGGACUGAAGCAGCGAGUGGCUUUGGCUAGAGCAAUCUAUGCAAGGCCAUCUUUGCUGGUUUUAGAUGACAUCUUCGGCGCCUUGGACGCAGUGACAUCGAGGUCAAUCUUCCAGCAAGUGCUUGGUCGUUCUGGCCUGGCCAAGAGAGUCGGUAUCGCAACCAUUCUUGUGACAACAGCGGAGAAACAUCUGAAAGAAGCCGACAAUGUGAUUGUUCUUUCAAAGGACGGUCAUAUGGAAGGUCAAGGGUCUUUCGAAGAGCUUGUGGAAAAGAAUCAGUACAUACUGAGCCUUUCAUAUUCCGCGGGCCUUGAACACAGCGAGAUCGAAGAGAGUGACUCCAACCUCGGGCAGACACAGGAAGCAAAUAAUCAAGUCGGAGAAACACGGGAAAGAGAGACCACUUCUAAUAUAUCGCGAGGUAUUGGGGACAUCUCGCUUUACGGCUAUUACAUCAAUUCGCUCGGUUGGUGGGCAUUUGGGCUAGCGCUGCUAUUCGCAACCCUAUACGUGUUUUGCACUGCCUUUCCACAGGUCAUACUUAGCUGGUGGUGUAGCUCGGUUCCUGGAAGAAACCAUCUUUAUCUUGGUUCCUACGUUGGCGUUUCGUUCAUCGCCAUCAUUGCGAUAGGAACUUUUAUCGGGUUUAGCCAAGACAUGUCUCUUCUCGACAUGCAGCUUCCAGUUGCCUUCGGCGUUACACUUCAGACCUUUUUAACCUGUAUCGCACAAGGAGCCUUAAUUUCUACUGGAUCAAACUACAUGGCUAUCGUGAUCCCGUUCUGCAUCCUUGCAGUAUGGAUGAUCCAGACUUUCUACUUGCGUACUUCACGACAGAUCAGACUCAUCGAUCUCGAGGCAAAGUCUCCUCUUUACACCCACUUUCUGGAGACAACAGAAGGACUGACUACAGUGCGUGCAUUUAAUUGGCAACGUCAGUUUGCAGAUCGAAACACAGACCUUCUGGACACGUCCCAUAAACCAUUCUACAUCAUGUAUUCCAUCCAACAGUGGUUACGUGUUGUUUUGGAUCUACUUGUUGCGGGAAUUGCCACUGUUCUGGUUGCAUUGGCUGUUUUUGUGACAAAGCAAAGUACCUCUGGGGCUGUCGGUGUUGCUCUUGUGAACUUGCUUUCAUUCAACUCAACGUUAACAUUAUUGAUCACCAAUUGGACACAGCUUGAGACUUCUCUGGGCGCACUUGCAAGACUCAAACGAUUUGCCAAUGACCCACAGCUACAGCCUAUUGCUAGAAGAGAAAUAGCUUGUCCAGAGGGCUGGCCUUCGCAAGGUCGAAUAGUAUUUCGAAGGGUUUCUGCGUCAUAUGGGGAGCAUGAUUCUAGUGCAGUUGUACGGGACAUCUCGUUUACACUGCAUGGUGGACAGAAACUCAGCAUUUGUGGGCGAACUGGAAGUGGGAAGAGUUCUUUACUUGCUUGCAUUUUCUCUCUCGCAACGAUCACGUCCGGCGGAAUCUACAUCGAUGACAUCAACAUCUCAACUGUUCCCAAACAGAUGUUUCAUUCUGCAUUGGUCCCAAUCUCCCAAAGCCCCCUUCUUCUUCCCGGUUCUGUCCGUGAAAAUAUUUCCCUCGGAAUAUCAUCCGCAGUUGAUGAUUCGGAGAUCAUCUCUGCCCUAGAGGGAGUCGGGCUUUGGAGUCAGAUUAGCGAGCAUGGUGGCCUGAACGCGGAUAUCGAUUCAACUAAUCUGUCCAAUGGUCAAAAGCAGAUCUUCUGCAUUGCCCGUGCUAUCUUAUCACCUGGUAAAAUAGUCAUCAUGGAUGAGCCUACUGGUGGUUUCGAUGAGCACGCGGAGAAACUGGCCACGGAGCUUCUUCAUGAGCGACUGAAAGGACGGACUGUCAUCUCGAUUGCCCACCAGAUCAAUACUUUGAUGGAUUCGGAUUUGAUCAUGAUCCUGGAUCAUGGCACUGUGUGUGAAAUGGGAGCACCACAACAACUCUUGAGUGCCAGAGGUAUGUUCUGGGAGUUGUUUCAGAGAUGA